CCAUAGUUUGAAAAGAUUACCUGCCAACAACAAUCUAUGGGAACAUAUUAACAAGAAAGAGACUGCAAGCUAUAAAACGCAUUAAACAUAUUCGUCUACCCACAUAUUUAUUGUUGGUACAGAGUACUUAGUAAAAUCGACGCUUUAUCUUUAAAUGACCCAUUACACUGGCAGCGACUGAUAACAUCCCCUGGGGUCAGUAUUUCGCAGCCGCCGCGCCGCGCUGCGACCAGUCUUAUAUCUGACGCUUCUCUCUCUACCCGCGUUAUUGUGCUCCCUGGGCCCAACCCUCUCUCCUGCAUUCUCUACACAGUGGUUUCAUGGUGCUAUCUGGUGUUCACCAUUCGUACAGCUUCGACAACUCUCGCUUUGUCCCCAAAAGCGAUAGUGAAGAGUUCAAUUUGACGCUCGAAAAUAUUGUUCCCAAACUGUGUGAAGCGUGCCAAAACAAUAUGGCGUCAAUUCCUCCAUCAGCGUUCUCAGCAAAGCGCAUCCGCGAGACCGAGCGGAACAUGAAGAUAUCCAACAUCGACAAGCGAGGCCCGUCUUCUAAAGUCUUCAACACCAAUUUGAUGGAACUUACUCCGUUGAAAUAUAAUAGCAAGCUAAUGAACAGCAUCUGGGGCUCGUACAACCGUUACUCGCCGCACAAUGUUAAGAAGGUCAACGAUGCUUUUACCUUCAAUGUGGAAUUGCAGCAAUCCGCUGCCAAUUCCUCUAACAAGAAUGAAGCUAUGAUAAUUUUACCAGCACCCAAACUUGACAAUUUUUGGGCUUCUAUUAAUAUUUCACAAUCACAAAUAUGACUAAAUCUAAGAAUCUCAUUAAUAUAAGAUAACUGAGUACUGGAUCAAUAAAUUGUUUAUAUGCUAGA